GGAAUCUCUUCAGGGUUCAUAUAAAUUAGCAGAGGGACCCAAAGCUCGGACUCACUCCUGGACCACAAAUCUCUGUAAUUUCCCAGUGUCGAUCGCAAUGGUUCUCCCCUGGUGUUUAUCCUGGUCUCACCAGAGCUACUGGGAUGAGUUUUCCCUGAAGGGGCUCAAGAUCAAAGCCAAAAAGCCGAAAAACGACGCUUUCCAGGGUGGUCCAGCUGGGAUUCCCCCGUACUUCUGGAACAAGGGCCUCCGGAACCGUUUCAAGAGGCUUCUAGGUCGGAAGCUGAGACGAGACCCUUUCCCUGUGUACGCGGGUUACUCAGAAGCGAGAAGUCUGAUUGGAGAUGGGACUGUGGCUGAAUUGGAAGCCCUGUCCCUUGAGGCUCGAGACUUGGUGAUCCAAGUGUUUGAAGAUGCCAAAGACGCCAAAGACGCCACCGAGGCGUCUGACAGAUCGGCACUAGACGAAGCGUCGUCGUUGUCCUCCACAGAAUCAGGACCCCGGCUAGUCUCUCUGCGGCUGUCGUCUGACCUCGAGAGCUGGAAAACAUCUCAACACGCAGCUGGCAACAUCUUGCCGCCGAAAGGACACGGGUUGGCGCAGGCUUCAGACACGCUGCUGGAAAUAUUCGGAGCAGCAGGCUGGCCCGAAGCCUUGAAGACGAACAAUGCGCUCUUCGGCUGUGGCAUCGCCAGCUUGCUGAUGGGAGCAGCCGACGCGCCAACCAUGUUCUCCAACUACGUGACUGACAUGGCCUUCUACUACGAGCACGGCUACAACUACGUCUUCCCGUCGCUAGAGCCGCUCUUCGAGAAAGGCCUAGACGAUCCGCAUGCGCUACGGACUCCAGGGGGGAGACAGCGGCGUGGCGCCGUCCGCGCUGGCAAGCGCUACGUCCAGGGCAAGAUCGCGCUAGAGAAAGAUCACAAGGCCGGUUUGACGAACCGAUCGGCGCGACUAAGCCGGAAGACGGCGCAAAUCAUCUCCCUGUCGGAGAGCAGCCUGCUGGGAAUGGCGGCCGAGGCGAUAGCGCGUGGCUUCGACGGUGCCGCCGUCAUGAGCGACUUGGUGUUUAGCUCGCCGGGCACCGAUGUUGUCGACGUGGGGUGUGACUUGGUUAAUUCCGAGGUCAUGAACUCGUUUCUGAAUGUGACGGACAUCACCGACACUGGCAUCGUGAGCGAAGAGGUGCUGCGCCGCGUGUACGAUGCCUACGCCGCCACGGGAGCCCGCAUGUUGACGCAGAGAUGGCAUGAGCCCGUGGCCAGAAUGUGCGCCGCCCUGUAUACAUGGCAUAUUCAAAACGACCGCCACAUGUUCUUCCGCCGCGCUCUUCUGGGCUGGUCCAAAGCCCGGAAAACGCCGGCCAAGCCUCAGUGCGAGGCGGAUUUCGACGAGGUGUUUGACAAGACGUACCGCACUACAGGCUUCUCGAGACCUCUUGAUCCCAAAUAUGCGUGCUCCGGCGAAGACACGUGUGAUCACGUCGGUCAUUUCCUCCAGCGCCAUGAGGAUGAGCCAAUACUCAAGGAGCUCUGGUGGUUUCUUGUCUUAGGCCCGUUGGAGUAUAUCAGGGGAGGCCAGGUUGAUGAACGGCGCGAGCAAGACCUUGCUGAGGGCUCGCGGCUACGGAUGGCCAAGCUGUUCACGCGAGGUCGAGUACUGGAAAUGGUCUGGCUUAUUGCUCAUGCGAACCACCAUGCCUGGCAGGUCAAUUACCUGUUUGAGGCCGCCAUGUUCGGCAGUAUACUUGACGGGGGCACACUUGCUGGCAAGCUGGACAGGCAGGAAGAGAGCUAGUUCUGGCACAUGGAGCUUAUGUUCUUGGCCUUCCAAUUGGCCAUGAUGUUUGCUCAGGACUGAGGUCUAACCGGCCUUGUGGGAGUCUCGUCAUGUUGUAGAACGAGUCGGUGGUGGGAAUCGGUGUGAUUUAUCGUUCAACUGCAUGUAGGCUGCGAGUUCUGGACUAUUGUCCUCGGAGGCUGGGAGGCAUCAUUGCUUUCUACGCUUAGCGUUGUGAAUGGAAUUUUUUUUGGCUUCAACCGUCCCUGAAUGACAACCGAUAGUGUCCCGACGAUUUGACGAGGUGACGUUUCAUAUAUGCUGUACCGGGGAAGUGAAUGAGUAGCUAUGACGAGCAUGAAGUUGGAGACCGCUCUAGCGAUAUAAUAAACUGAUUU